UCGAAUAUAGAUAACCAUUCCAAAAAAUCCUCACACUUCAGAAAUCACAGAUCCCUCUCAGUACAACAUCUACCACAUCAGCGACAAUAACCAUACAAAAUGUCUCUCAAACCCAUUACCCUCUACGGCCACACCAUGGGCCCCAACCCCUGGAAAGUGGCCAUGGUACUCGAAGAGCUCGAAAUUCCCUACAAGACGAUCUACAUAGCUGCUGCAGAUGUCAAGAAAGAACCAUUAACCUUGGUCAACCCCAAUGGCCGCGUGCCCGCUAUCGAGGACCCCAACACAGGAAUCACCCUGUGGGAGUCAGGCGCCAUUAUCGAAUAUCUCUCCGAAACCUACGACAAAGACAAUAAGAUCAGUUUCCCAGCUGGUACCCCUGAGUACUUCCAAACAAAACAAUGGCUCCACUUCCAGAUGAGUGGGCAGGGCCCGUACUUUGGUCAGGCUGUUUGGUUCCGGCGACACCACCCUGAAGUGGUUCCUAGUGCUCAGGAGAGAUACAAGAAAGAGGUUCUUCGGGUGUCAUGGGUGCUAGACAACGUUCUUAAAGAUAGGGAGUACCUAGUUGGCGGACGGUAUAGCUACGCGGACAUCUCGUUCGUGCAGUGGUUUAAUGUCUUUGGAAUCGCCACGGAUAAUGAUGUUGACAUGGAGAAGGAGUACCCAAAUCUUUACUCUUGGCUCGAAAAGAUCAAAGCAAGGCCGGCUAUCACCAGAACUGCCGAACUACAGAAGGAAGCAAUUGCGAAUGAGAAGCACUGAGUGAAAGUGGAUUUGGAGCGUCAUUCAACCUAGGAUGUCUAUCGGGGAUUGUAGAAGUCAUUGCAAAUUUGUUUUAUGCUCCUGAGGUCCGGAUAUGGGGACCAGUAUGUAGUAAUAUUAUGAUGCCAAGUACUUUUAUAAUCCCUUGCUCAACUCUACGAUCUCUGCAAAUAUAGCUGUUGAAUAGAGAUCGCGACGUUAGAACAGAGUAGGAACUGGUAGAGAAUAGAUCGAUAAUGUG